GGUGGGAACGGUUUUUGCAGUGGGACCAACCUGACAGGAAGUUUACCUAAAGAAGUUCUACAAAACGAAACUGUCAACAAACCUGCGGUAGAUCGGGUUAUUUCCUGCAAAACACGAAACUAAUGUGUCGUACAGCGGUUUAACAAAUGUCGGAUUUAAUGGCCAAUGUGAAAGAGUAUUUUGAGCGGUAUAUCGAGUAUGUGCGGAAAAACCCAGCGGCAACUGCGCAGCUGGAGAGCACCGUGCGGACUCUGUCAUACCUCUUAGCAGGACGGUUCACAGACUCACAUGAACUUUCUGAACUCGUGUCCUCUGCCGCCAAUCUCCUGGUGCUGUUCAAUGACAGCAUCCUGAGAAAAAAACUGAGAAGUGCCUUUCCUGUGUGUCUGUCACAGCAGAGGCUCCGGACAUGGCUCUCGGUGCUGGAGUCUGUGGAGGUGUUCCUGGAGAUGGGGGCCUGUAGAGUCGGGGGAGAGGUCGGGCGCUGGGUCGUCAUUGGGCUCAUCCAGAUCAUAAAGGCAGUUUUCCGGCUCAUUCUUCUGCUGUGGUACAAAUCGGGCAUCGGGACUUCACCUCCCGUAAUCCCUCUGGACAGGAACACAGACUUUGGAACAGAAGAUGGCGCUAGUGCAGAGCAGCAGGAGGACGCCUGUUUUGUGGGUCAAAGGUCGGGACGAGUGAUUCGACCGAUGAGUUCAGGUUCUUCGUUGCAGUCCAGGAUUUGGGGUCCGGCUCAGACCAGGUCCAGCGCUCGGUCCCCAGAGGAGCAGCUCCAGCUCAGAUCCACAGACCUGAACCUGAACCAGAUCACAGCGGAGACCGUCUACAUCACGAGGCCGCUGGUGCACCUGCUGAGUCUUGGAAUUUGUGGGAAAAAGUCUUGGAAACCUUGGAUCCUGUCUGCGGUCCUUGAACUCUCCAGUUUUGCGGUUUUGAACAACACAAAGUUCCAGACCCGUUGGGAGAAAGCCGAGAUGAGGAGGAGAGGGUUCCUGCUGCUCUAUUACCUUCUGCGGUCUCCAUUCUACGACAGAUACUCAGAGGAGAAGAUCUUGUUUUUGCUCAAACUUCUGUCAGACUAUGUUCCUGGAGUCGGACUUGUGGCUCGGCCGCUCAUGGACUACCUUCCCACUUGGCAGAUCUACUUCUACAACUGGGGUUAAAUCUUCCUGUACUGUGACCAAGAAAAUCUGGGUUUAUAUGAAUAAUGUAAAAUAUUUGUUAAUAAUGAGUUGGAAUUGUCCGUGGGCAGUUUAGAGAAAGAAAAAAACAUCUUAUCUCCUACUUUUGAGAGCAUUUCAAGGUGCGCUAUGUAACUAUUCUGGUUUUAGGUUUGUUACGUGCUUGUCUUCUGGAAUGUUCCACAGUAUGGCAUUAAACUUUAAAUUUGUAGGUAUUUUUGUCGCUAAAAAUACUUUGACAUUUGACCUCUUCACUUGUCCUGCCGGCGUUUCCAAUUUGUCUCUAUGGUAAUAGUGACGUUAAACGGAACAUUCCAGACAAAGUAAUAGAUCUUUUUUACAACGACCAGAAGCAGAGGUGUGGACUUGGACUCGAGUCAGACUUGAGUCACUAUUUUUAGGACUUGAGACUUGACUUGAUAAAAUGGACUGAGACUUGGGACUCGACUUGGACUUGAAGGUCAAUGAUUUGGGACUUGACUCAGACGUGAGGCCUGUGACUUGAGAAGCACUUUUAAAUCUGAAUUCUUUCUAUUCUGACCGUAAUGAUUCACUUGAAGAUCUUGUCAAAACAUUUUAAAAGGAAAAAAUUACAAUUCUACAACUCUUAUAUACUCUAUAAAUACUCAUAUAUAAAUAUACUAUGAUUUUUUUAAGUACAAUUUAUCUUAAAAUUCAUAUAAACUGUAAAAAUCUAAGCUAUAUUUGGUAUUUUGGUUUGAAGACUUGAAAUGACUUGAAGCUCAAAGCAGACGACUUGGACUUGACUUGGACUUAUGGGCCAGUGACUCGAGACUUGGACUUGCCCGUAUUUUGACUUGGGACUUGACUCAGACUUGAGGCCAAAGACUUGAGACUUACUUGAGACUUGUAAAACAACGACUUGAUGCCACCUCUGGUCAGAAGUGCUGCAAUGUCGGGUAAACGUCAAUUAUGUUAAUGGUUUUCAAUGGCAAAAUAUCUGUGGAAAUGACUUGUGUAUUUUCUAGCAGCUUCAUAAAUCUGCCCCAUCACCAAAUCUUCAUCCAACAAGAUCGACAAAGGAUAAACAUUCUAACAUGAAGAAUUUAUCCACAACUAUCAAGGGAAGAAAGAUGAAAACUUGAAGGCGAACAACGACGACGCAUUAGUGAACUACUGAGUAAAACUGAUGUUAUGGUCAUGAAUAAAACAGAAGUAACUUGUUCACUCAGACUGAUUCUAGAAUUAAAAUUUAAAAAUCUAUUUCAUGAUGUAGAUAUUAGCACAGACAGAGAGAUUUGUGCAGUUCAAAUGCUUGACAUGUAAUCUGUGAACAUCUGUAGCAUUCAAACUGCUCAUAUCUGCGUGAUUUUAAAAUUUUAAUUCUAGAAUCAGAAUCCGUGUAUCAUUCGUUUGUUCGUUUUUCAAUAUAAAACCAAAAAUAAAACGAAAAACAACA